CUUUUGAAUGCCUUCUAAUAAAACAACAAAGCGUAAUUUCUUUGUAUCAACAAUAGUAACCAUUGCACAUCUCCAUCCUGAUAAUUUGAGCAUCUAUUCAAGCUUAAUCGACCAGGCCAUGCGGCACCGCAGCAGAUAGUAUCGAGCGACGCAGCUUCAAGCAAGACCCCUGGCUUGUCUGAUCUGCAAGUCGGUCGGCCAAGGUUAUCGGUCAUAAGUCGUGCAAUUCUGAUAUCAGGCUUUGCCUGUUGUCUAAUACUUUCAAACUGCUACAAGUGAAUAGUAGGUAAUGAUGACGAUGAUGACGACAACGGUAAUGCCCGCGCUCCAUGCCGUCGUAAGAUGUACAUAUCCACAGACGAGACCGGCAAAGGAUCAAGAAAAAUACAAACAAGGCCACUCCCAAACGCCAGCCACGACGAGCAUCCCACGCUCCAAGUUCUUGGGCUUAUAAACGGAGAAAGAAAAAAAGCAGGCAUGUGUUGUGCACACGUACAUGUAUAGAGAAAUAUAUCCAAACCCUUCCCCGCUUUCUUAGCAAAGUUGCAUGCUCUGAAAUUUGAUCAUAGCAGUAGCACCGCGCUGCCAGCUAGGAC